AUGGAGGUCCCAGAGUUUGGAGGAGCCUGGAGCCUCACUGUGUCACCGGUGAUGCUGCCCUACGACAUGGUGGCACACCAGGAGCUGCGAAUCAAGGUUCCUGCAAGAUCCGCAUUCCCGGGGGGGCUGAGACCCUCGACCACAAGCCGGGAGCAGAGAGCACACGAGCAGUCACCUCCAAACCAUGUCCCCAAGCCACUGAAAGAGGCGGCGGGACGACGGGACCCCGCGAUCCCCAACCGCCAUGGGGCUGCCCCACAGCCGCUGAGCAGGAUGGAGGGGCUCUGCCUGCUCUUGGCGGCUCUCUCCGCCACGGCGCCCGGACAAGCCCCCACAGAGCCAACAGGACUUUCUGGCAGCCCGGUGAGCCGCAUGGCUGGAAACACCUCGGUGGCAUCAGGUCCCAGUGCGCUGCGUCUGGCCGGUGGCCGGAGCCGGUGCGAGGGCCGGGUGGAGCUGGAGCAGGCGGGUGCAUGGGGGACGGUGUGUGACGACGACUGGGACCUGGCUGAUGGCGACGUUGUCUGCCGGCAACUGCGCUGCGGCUGGGCCAUCCGCAUUCACGGCAGUGCCACCUUUGGCCGGGGCAGUGGCCUCAUCCUCCGGGAUGAAGUGGGCUGCAAGGGGGACGAGGAGCAUCUCUGGGACUGCGUGGCCACGCAGGAGCACGACUGCAGCCAUAAGGAAGAUGCUGGUGUGGUGUGCUCAGAACACCAGGAGUGGCGGCUCACCGGGGGCCAGGAUGGUUGUGCCGGUCGGGUCGAGGUCUUUUUCCGUGGCACAUGGAGCACGGUGUGCGACAGCACGUGGUACGAGCUGGAGGCGAGAGUGCUGUGCCACACGCUGGGCUGCGGGCAGCCCCUCCGGCAGCUCUCCUUUGGCCACACACUGCCCGCCAGGAUGCUCUACCAGUGUGAUGGCCAGCAGCCAUCGCUGGCCCACUGCCAGUGGACCUACAACAAAUCGGCUCCCUGCCACCAGUCCCGGGCGGCCGGAGUGAUCUGCAACGGCUCCCAGGGCUUACAGACACCAACCCCGAUGGCCACGGUGACACUGAGCAACAUCUCUCUGCUGAGCACUGAGGCUGGCUCCCAGUCCGCCGGGGCACAGUCCCCACUGCACACACCCCUCUUUAUCCUCUGCCUGGUCCUGGCAGCGCUGCUCCUGCUCACCGUGCUGGCCUUCAUCGCCGCCCUGCUGAGGGUGAGGAAGAUGAGUGACCUUGCCAUGUCCUCCUUCCGGCUAGCCGAGCCGGUGCUGGUGACCCACAAUGCCCAGAGCCCCACUGUGCCCUCGGGGACCUCCAAUGACUACAGGGAGGUGCCCCCCAGCCUUCCCAAAGGACCAGGUGGGUCUGACCCACCAGCCACAGCCAAGGACCCCGACUCUGACUCUGACUACGAACACUACGAUUUCAGCAGCAAGCCACCCGUGGCCCUCUCCACCUUCUACAACUCACUGCGCCGGCACUCCAGGGAGCAGCUGCUCCCGCUGAUGCCCAGGCAGGAUGGACUGGAGCCGUUGCCUGGGGAGGUGCCGGCCAGGCUGGGCCCCCCAUCCCGCAGCAGGGCGAGCAGCUCCUCCACCUCCUCCUCCACCACUGAGCCCUACUGCAAUAACGUGUCCCCCCUGCCCGCCUGGGGCUGCCCGCCACCCCCCACCGACGGCACCCACCAGCACGAAGCACCCACCACCCGUGACUGCACCGCAUACCCUGGCAUGGCUCCCCCAGCAACGCCCCGUGUGCCCACACCAGUGCUGUCCCACCCUCGGGUACCCGUGUCUCCAGCAGAGCCCCAUCCCGCCGACAGCUCCAGCACCUCCUCGGGGGAGUGGUACGAGAACGUGCAGAGCUUGGAGCCACCUGGGGACCCAUCCCCACACCCCGGGCUGCCUGAUGGGCUCUGUCCCUUGCAGGCUGGCUGGCUCCGUCCUGCCCCUCGGGGGGACACAUGCAGGACCCCGACUCCUCUGAGGGCAGCGACUAUGAUGACAUCCAGGGCUCUGUCUACUGAAGCUGCCACAGGACGUGGCAGGGGGGACAAGGAUUCUCCGUCCCACUGCUCAUGUCUCCUCUGGGCUUCUCUGGCCGUCUUCUCCAUGCUGGGGCAGGGGCACCAGUGCCGGAGGUACCCAGGGGAUGCUCAGCACCUGUGCCAGGCCAUGUGCUGCAAUUAA